GUGAUCACAAGCGUUACCAUGAAGGUCGUCAUCCUCCUUGCUGCCGUCUCCAUGGCACUCGCCCUCCCACGGGUCCGCCGUGAGGCGUAUGCCCUUCCCAACGACGUUGAGCUCCUGGUCGGCAGGCAGAUCAGCACAACCUUCCGAUGUGAACGGGACGGCUACUACGCCGACGCCGACAACGACUGCAAGGUCUUCCACGUAUGCAAGAGCGAAGAGAAGGAAGGAAAACUUGAAUAUGCCCAGUACUCUUUCGCCUGUGGCAACCAGACCAUGUUCAACCAGGCCACCUUCACCUGUGCCUUUCCUGACGAGUCUGUCCCAUGCUCAAACGCUCGCGACUUCUUCUACCUGAACGAGAAGCUCGGCCUCGAGAAGACCCCACUCCUCGACGAUCAGGACCUCCUCCGUGCUACCAGCCUGUACGCCUCGCGUGCAUAAGAAUUGUACAGUACAUCUGGCCCUCUAUGAACUGUCUUUCUCCCUGUAGAUCCUUCCACCGGAGCUUCUAACGUCCGCAAUGGCGAAAUUCUUGUCGGCUCGUGUAUGUGUGCAUGCUUGCCAGGCUGUCUGUAGGUUAUAGCUUCUUCCACGAAAUUCUGUCGCUGUCAAUGACGUUGUCUGAGCAAACGGAAAUUCGUUGUGUCGUUCUUCAAAGAAUCAUAUGAGCUCUUUGCAUCUAUCGAAAAAUGGCGGUGAUGAUGUGGACGAGAAAACAAGAAAAACAAACUUGUCAAAUAUGUACAGAUACCUUAUUGGUUGAAGAGUAGAGUAUCCAUCUCAUUUAUGGGACCGUAUUUACUUCGUAAAUAAAAUAUACUAUAUGUACCUGC